AUGGAUGAAGAAGCAUCUCUAGGGAAUGCAGAAGGAUCAUUCAUGAAGGUGUUACAAGCCCGGAAGAAGAACAACAGCACCGAGCUGACUGUUGAGCCAGAGAGGGCAUCCUCAGACCAAAGUGCUGUCAGCUUGCCAACCUUCAUGAAUGAGCAGCUGGACUCGAAUGCUGAAAGUGAUGUUAUCGGUGCACUAAAUUACAUACUGCCUUAUUUCUCAGAGGGAAAUCUACAAGAUGUGAAAUCAACAUUAUUACCAGUCAUGCAACUUCUUUUUUCAAAUGUACAAGAUGCAGAUACGCUCCUGGGCCGUUUGGAAAACAAUAUAAGGAACCCUUCCAUCAACCCUAUACCCAAGAAUUCACCUUAUAAAAAUAAAUUGAGGAAACUCUAUUUUCUGGAAAAUUUGUUAGAUGCAGAAACUCAAGAACAAAUUGAUGAGGUUGAAAAGAAAGAAAAAACUGCCAUGCUUAUAUAUUCCAAACUUUUAGGUCCCAAAUUUAAGCGCCCAAUCUUUCAAAAGAAAUUGGAAACUGCCGAACCACAGGAAAACAGUCUAGCAAAGACUGAAAGUGUAGGGGAAAGGCUCCUGAGAGUGAACAGCGUCCUCAAGGGCCCAAGGGGCAUAAAGAAAAGGCACUUCAAAGCAGUGGGAGAUGAGAGCGUCAGGAGGAAACAGAAUGCACAGCCGUUUGUGGAGAACACUGCCAGAGAAAGAAGUCUCACGAGGCCAUCCCCAAUAGAGCUGGAACAGCUUCACAUGGUGCAGAGGCCCCAGAAGUUAGUGGGAAACUCCUUCAACACAGAGCCGGCAUUCAUAAAGGAAGAUAAGGCAGCAGUCUCUUCUUUCCUGAAACAGUAUUCAAGGGGUAGGCUUUCUGGCUCCAUCCCUCCAAACUCCCCAUCUCAGGUUAAAAAGAAAUCAAAAGACUUACCCUCCACUAUUGUUGUUUUAGAAGAUGCAUAUGCUAGAGUUAUAAAUCUGACAGCUUCUGAAUUAAUCUCACAUUCCAGGAAAAAAUACAUCUUCCAUAAAAUUCGGUCUGGUCUGGUCCACAGAAGACCCGAAGCCGAAUUGCGUGGAAAGUUCACAGAGAAAGGUUCUCCCAGUAGAAUGAUGCUUGUGAGGUGUCCUUUCUCUGCAGUGAGGAGCCUCAUAAAUUCCCCUCCAAGAGAGGCUUUUUCAUCUUCAGGAGAACUGACUUCUCAAGAAAAUCCUUUUCCAGAAUUAUUUUCUCUUUCAGACCCUUCUACAGAAAAGCCUACUCCAGAAAGCAAUACUGCACAAAAUGUCUUUGAAGAAGAAAACUCUAUUCUGCCAGGAGGAACCGGCCCUGGAGUCACUGCCCAUAGGAGUGAUCCCACGGCACAUUCUGCUGUUGCUGCAGACAACUUUAUCCCAACUGUUCAACACACCAGUGAAGCACAGUGGGAGGACCACAGCGUGGGCACUGAAUUAUCCUCUAAGCCCCCAGGCUCCACUUUCCCAGCGCUCGCAUCCCCGGGUGAUCAAUUUGAAGCUCAGCUAAACCAGCAGCUAUGGUCCCUCAUCCCCAGCAAUGACGUGAGAAGGCUCAUUUCUCAUGUUAUCCGGACUUUGAAAAUGGACUGCUCGGAGACCCACGUGCAGCUGGCCUGUGCCAAGCUCAUCUCCAGAACAGGCCUCCUGAUGAAGCUCCUCAGUGAGCAGCAAGAAGUAAAGGCAUCGAAGGCAGAAUGGGAUACGGACCCGUGGAAAACCGAGAACUAUAUCAGUGAGAGUGCAGGAGCCCAGGGUGAACAGAAGGAGCAGGAGCCCAGUGAGCUCACAAAAGAAGUUCCAGCAUACGGCUAUAACAAGAAACUCAUCUUGGCAAUAUGUGUAACUGGAGUAGUGAUGACUUUCAUUAUCAUUUUCUGUCUCAUUGAGAUUCAUGCUCACAGGGUAGCAGCAGCAGCAGCAGCACAGGGAGAUGAAGAAACAGGGCAACUGCCCAAGGGCCACAAAAGGGGCUUUUUUCCCUUUCUUCUGCGAAAGAGAAGCUCAAGGGAUGGCGAGAGUGAGAGUAAAAGCCUUGGCAUUAUUCUUCUUAUCUCAGGGAAGGCAGCAAAGCCCCAGCAGAGGAUGUUUAGGCUGCAGAUGCGGCUGCUGGGGAGACGGGUGUGGAAAGUGAGGCCGCACACGAGACCGCGACAAUCGUCUGCUUUCUUGGAGGGCCUGGACUAA